UUUAUCAUCAACUCCUCUUAGAAAUGAACGUAUUCAAGUUUAAAUCCGCUUCUUCUACCGCUAGUACAAAAUCUGCAGCUGCUCCCUCAGUGGAUUUUGGACCGAUCACAAACGAACCUAUCUUGUCUGCACCCAGUGAUUAUCAACCUGUCUUAAACGCUGCGACCGAUGAUGAACAAAAGGCUAAAGUGAAAGAAUUAUUGGCUUAUAUGGACACAAUUAUCUUACCAACCGAUGAUGCCUAUUAUCCCAACGAAAGAGGAUUUUUAUCAGAGGGUACAGCUAAUCGUUACAUGAGAGCAAGAAAAUGGGAUUUUGAAGCAGCUAAAACCAUGUUGGAAAAUACAGUAAAAUGGAGAAGAGAGUUUAAGCCAGACCAGUUGGAUCCUGCUGUGAUUCAUCGUGAGGCUGAAACGGGUAAAAUGUAUUUCAACGGGUUCGAUAAAUCGGGUAAACCUCUUUGGAUCAUGAAGCCUCGCUUUGAAAACUCCAAGGACUCAGAGGGACAAGUGAAUUUCAUUGUGUUUUGUCUUGAACGAGGUAUCCGUUUAAUGCCUGAUCAUGUUGAGAAAAUCUCAAUCGUGGUAGACUUUAAGGGAUCCAGCAUGUCAAAUAAUCCAAACGUUGGCACAUGUAAAAAGUUUUUGGAUAUCCUUGGUAACCAUUAUCCCGAAAGACUCGGCGUUGCCUUUUUAAUUAACUCUCCUUGGUUCUUCCUUACAACAUUCAAGGUUAUUUCUCCUUUUGUGGAUCCUGUUACAAGAGACAAAAUUAAAUUCAUUAACACGGAUGGUACUAAAGCAGCUGGUGUCAUUGAGAUCGAUGACUACAUUUCUUUAAAGCAAAUGGAGGUGGCUUUAGGUGGCCAUUACAACUUUGCAUUCGACAUGCCCACCUAUUGGUCUAGUCUUUUAAAGGCAACAGGAGAUCCCUACAAAGUGAUAGAAUAUAAAUAAAUAAAAUAAACAAUUAGAUGUUUUUUUUUUUUUUUGGAAACAU